UGCAAAGAAGGGAAAGGGUGCGUUUUGUUUCGUUUCGUUUUCAUCGCAACGAAACCUCUUUUCAUUUCUUUAUGUAGCUUAAAGAGCCUCGCUCACUUCUUCAUCUUGUUUGGAGUACACUUCUCUUCUUCUCCGAUCAGGAUAAAUGAGAUGGCCUCUUCGCAAAAUGUUGAAUUGGAGGCAGCUAAGUUUCUGCACAAACUCAUCCAAGAUUCUAAAGAUGAGCCAGCUAAGUUGGCUACUAAACUCUACGUGAUACUACAACACAUGAAAUCAAGUGGGAAGGAGCAUUCAAUGCCAUAUCAAGUGAUAUCCAGGGCAAUGGAGACUGUCAUCAAUCAGCAUAAUCUUGAUAUUGAAGCAUUGAAGUCUUCACGUCCUCCUUCUGGUGCUGGCAGUUCUCAAAUAGGAACUUCACAAGCAGUGGGUGUUGCUACGGAUUCAAGAGCAGGGUUGCCUGAAAAUGUGAUGCCCAAACUGGAUUCCUUCGCUUCUGGCCGGCCCCCAGUUUCCCCAAGUAGUGGAGCACCUGAUCACUAUCAAGGAUCUGCGGCUCAGAGGAGUGGUCAGUCUUUUGAUCAUGGAAGUCCGUGUAGUUUAGAUUCUAGGUCUGCUAACUCACAAUCACAUGAUAGACGAGAUACUACUAAUUUGGACAAACAGGUGAAUCAAAAGGAUGGUAAAAAAGCUACCUCAAAGAGAAAGAGGGGGGAUACAUUGUCACCUGCAGAACCACACGUUGACAUUCCUUCUCGUCUUGAUCAACGAAAUACUGCUAAUACGAGGAAGGGUAAAAUGACCAAGGCUGAAUCAUCAGAUGGUCUUCCAGUUAGAAGUGGAGAGCUGGCUAACUUUAACAGGGUUCCAAGUAGUAGUCAAAUGCAAAGGGCCAACCAAGAAGGCCCAACAAAGAUUGGCAAUCCAGUGCCAUGUGCUCCGAAUUCUAAAUAUCCAGAAGAUACAGAGGUUUCCUCUGCUCAUAUUGCUUCUGGUAAACUUCAAGGUGCUCAUCCUAUGGUUCAUGGAGGGAUGGGGGUUGCCACUAGUGCAUACGCAAUGACUGAAUCAGUUCUCUCAAGUUCAAUGCGGCAUGGUGGGAUGCUUGGGCAUGAUAGUGGAAGUUCUACUACUUCUGCUGAUGAACAUAAAAUAGGCCAGGUAUUUGUCGUAUAUAAUGCUGGAGCUCAGGAUUUCUUACUUAAUAUAUAUAUAUUACCCAGAGAUAUGGCAAGAUCCACGAUUAGUGGAUCAUCUGGUGUGCCUUUCAAAGAACAACAGUUGAAACAGCUCCGAGCUCAGUGCCUUGUUUUUCUAGCAUUUAGAAAUGGUUUAGCACCAACACUACAUCUUGAAAUUGCUCUUGGAACCGCUUUUCUAGAGAAGAUAUAUGAUGGAAAUUCAGGAAAGGAUCAUACUGACCACAAAGGAAAGUCACAAUCUUCUGUUGAAUUGGGUACCUCGUCAGGGGCCAUGAUGCCGUUUGGAGGUCUGAACAAUAUGAGACAACCUGAUAAUAAUACUCUUCAGGGUCCCUUUGCUGGAAAAUCUCUGGAAGCUACGUCAUUCUGCAAGGGAACUGAGAGUGCAAUAAUGACUGGGGACAAAGGUAUUCUUUCUGAAGAAAGGAAACAUCUCCUAGCUGUCAAAAAAGUAGAGCUUGAAAAGCAAAUUCAAGAAAGAGCUGGUGCACAAGCUUCGUCAGCUACUUCUUUUCAGCAGCAAGAUUCCUCUAGUACAAAGGGUGAUGUUGACAGUGGUAAUCUUCAGGUUGGACUGUCCAACCGACCUUCCUCUAUAAAUGGCUUUACCAGAUUUGCUAGUUCUGAUGAGGCUUCAGAAGGACCCUCGCAAGUCUCUUCUCUUCAGCAUGAGUUGCCAAUAGAAAGAAGAGACAAUGUUGUUAAUCAGUUUCAAAAUAUUGUUAACAGUGGUGGUUCUCGAAACCAUCAUUCUCUAAACCACUUGACGUAUGCUUUGAAAGAGCACUGGAAACCUGUUCCAGGGACUGGCAUUGAUCCCCAGGGAGCAAGCUUGAUGAAGGAUGCAGAUUUAAUUGCAAAAAAUGUUUUUUCAGACAUAGAAGGGAAUGGGAGGUUACCUUCUCCAAAAUAUACAAUGUCAGGAAGAUGGAUUAUGGAUCAGCAGAAAAAGAGGCUUCUAGUUCAGCAAAACUGGGUACAAAAACAGCAAAAAACAAAGCAAAUAAUGACCACCUGUUUCCUCAAGCUAAAGGAAAAUGUGAGCUCAUCCGAGGAUAUAUCUGCUAAAACAAAAAGCGUCAUAGAGUUGAAGAAACUUCAAUUAUUAGACCUCCAACGCCGUCUCCGCAGUGAUUUUUUGAAUGAUUUCUUCAAACCAAUUACAACUGAGAUGGAACAGUUGAAAUCGGUUAAGAAACAUAGGCAUGGUAGAAGGGUUAAGCAACUAGAAAAGUAUGAGCAUAAAAUGAGGGAAGAGCGUCAAAAAAGAAUCCGUGAAAGACAGAAGGAGUUUUUCAGUGAGAUAGAAGUCCACAAGGAAAAGCUUGAUGAAGUGUUCAAAAUCAAGAGGGAACGGUGGAAGGGUGUCAAUAGAUAUGUGAAAGAGUACCAUAAAAGAAAAGAGCGCAUUCAUCGUGAAAAGAUUGAUAGGAUCCAGCGGGAGAAGAUUAAUUUGUUGAAAAUAAACGAUGUGGAAGGUUAUCUUCGGAUGGUUCAGGAUGCAAAAUCUGAUCGUGUGAAGCAACUUCUUAAAGAGACUGAGAAGUAUCUCCAAAAGCUUGGUUCCAAGCUACAAGAAGCAAAGACUGCAGCAGGUCGCUUUGAACAUGAUAUUGAUGAGGCACGAUGUGGCAGCUUUCUUGAUAAGAGUGAAUCUACUCUUGAAAAUGAGGAUGAAGGUGAUCAGGCCAAGCAUUAUCUGGAAAGCAAUGAGAAAUAUUAUAUGAUGGCACACAGUGUAAAGGAGAGCAUUGCAGAGCAGCCAUCUUGUUUGAAGGGCGGAAAAUUGAGGGAGUAUCAAAUGAAUGGCCUGAGGUGGCUUGUUUCCUUAUAUAACAACCACUUGAAUGGAAUCCUCGCAGAUGAAAUGGGACUGGGCAAAACUGUUCAGGUUAUUUCUCUAAUUUGCUACCUGAUGGAAAGUAAAAAUGAUAGGGGGCCAUUUCUUGUGGUUGUGCCCUCUUCAGUUCUACCUGGUUGGGAUUCAGAAAUCAACUUUUGGGCUCCUGAUGUACAUAAAAUUGUCUAUGCUGGACCACCUGAGGAGCGACGUCGGUUAUUUAAGGACAGGAUUGUUCACCAGAAAUUCAAUGUCCUCCUGACAACAUAUGAAUAUCUAAUGAACAAGCAUGACAGACCAAAGCUUAGCAAAAUACACUGGCAUUAUAUAAUAAUUGAUGAGGGCCAUCGCAUAAAAAAUGCUUCUUGCAAGUUGAAUGCUGACUUAAAACACUAUCAGAGCUCUCAUAGAUUGUUGUUAACUGGAACUCCAUUGCAGAACAAUCUUGAGGAACUAUGGGCGCUGCUUAACUUCUUGUUACCUAACAUAUUUAAUUCAUCUGAGGAUUUUUCCCAGUGGUUUAAUAAGCCAUUUGAGAGUGCUGGAGAUAACUCGCCAGAUGAAGCCUUACUAUCCGAGGAGGAGAACCUCUUGAUCAUCAAUCGUCUGCACCAAGUUCUGAGACCAUUUGUACUUCGGAGGCUUAAACACAAGGUUGAAAAUGAACUUCCCGAAAAGAUUGAAAGACUUGUAAGAUGUGAGGCUUCUGCGUAUCAAAAACUUUUGAUGAAGAGAGUGGAAGAAAAUCUUGGCUCUAUUGGCACAACAAAGGCACGGUCGGUGCACAACUCUGUCAUGGAGCUUCGUAAUAUCUGCAAUCAUCCAUAUCUCAGCCAGCUUCAUGCAGAGGAGGUGGAUAACUUUAUACCUAGGCAUUAUCUACCCCCAAUUAUUAGACUUUGUGGGAAGCUUGAGAUGUUGGACCGUAUUUUACCUAAAUUGAAGGCAGCAGAUCAUCGGGUUCUUUUCUUCUCAACAAUGACUAGGCUUCUUGAUGUUAUGGAGGAAUACUUAACUCUUAAACAGCAUCGGUACCUUCGGCUGGAUGGGCAUACCUCAGGAGGUGAUCGUGGGGCCCUAAUAGACCUGUUUAACCAACCUGGUUCUCCAUAUUUUAUAUUUUUGCUCAGCAUUCGUGCUGGUGGCGUUGGAGUGAAUCUUCAAGCUGCUGACACAGUGAUUAUAUUUGACACUGACUGGAAUCCACAGGUUGACCUGCAAGCACAAGCAAGGGCUCAUAGAAUUGGUCAGAAGAAGGAUGUUUUAGUACUUCGAUUUGAAACAGUUCAAACUGUUGAAGAACAAGUCAGAGCUUCUGCUGAGCACAAACUGGGAGUUGCUAAUCAGAGCAUUACUGCUGGGUUUUUUGACAAUAAUACAAGUGCUGAGGACCGAAGAGAAUACUUGGAAUCCCUCUUGCGUGAGUGUAAGAAAGAGGAAGCGGCACCUGUAUUGGAUGAUGAUGCUUUAAAUGAUCUCUUAGCACGCAGUGAAGCAGAAAUAGAUGUGUUUGAGGCUGUUGACCAAAAAAGGCGCGAAGAUGAGAUGGCUACAUGGAAGAAGUUGGUAUCUGGGCCAGCAACUGAUGGUUCUGAGCCUAUUCCUACCCUUCCUUCACGUCUAGUUACAGAUGAAGACUUGAAACAAUUCUAUGAAGCGAUGAAGAUAUUCGAUGUGUCCAAGGAUGAAGUAGCAUCUAACGGAAUCAAGAGGAAGAGUGGAACUCCUGGGGGCCUCGAUACUCAACAUUACGGAAGGGGAAAACGUGCAAGAGAGGUGCGUUCCUAUGAAGAACAAUGGACAGAGGAGGAGUUUGAUAAGAUGUGUAAAGCUGAAUCUCCUGGAUCACCGAAAGUAAUGGAAGAAGUGAUAGAGUCAAAUUGCAAAACAAAUGCUUCUACCUUUGCUGCAACCACUUCUGUCACGGAGACUGCAGUGGUGCCUCCGGUGGCCCCUGCAACAUCAUCUCUUGGGAGUUUGCCUGUGCAUAAAGUCAAAGAUAUAACACCACCUGCUAAACGUGGACGUGGCAGGCCAAGAAGAAUAACCUCAGAUAAGUUGCCUGUAACUGCAGUCCCUCUGGCUACUUCCGGAACUGUUGAAGUGGACAUGCAGGUAAAGGAAGGAACUUUGCUUGGUCAAGUAGUAUUGUCAACUCCCGAAUCUAUUUCUCAUUCUUCUGAAGUUAUUGGUGUGAGUGGACCUGCGCAGCAGUCUGCUACUGGUGUUUCUCCUAAUCUGACAACUCCACCCAACUCUCAAGCAGAGGGUACUACUGUUUCUGUGCCAAUACAAACAAGAGGACAAGGCCGGAAAUCUCAAGGUGGAGGGGAGGCAACUAGACGUAGAGGGAAGAAGCAGGUUCUAGUGUUGCCUCCUGUACCUGGGGUUUCUAUUGGUCCUGAUUUAAAGAUGAAUGAGCAGUUGGAACACAAACCCCUGAAUCCAUCUGCUAGUGAAGCUAUCUCCCAAGGUGAUACUGUUUCCUCCAGUGCUACGGUACAACAUUCAAGUACAGAACCGGGUUCUGUGACUUUAAGCAGUGGAGGUGAUAAUAAAUCUGGUGUUGGGAUUGCUCUGAGUUCUCAGCAGCCCCUUCCUUUGUCCUCUGUUACUCCUGUGCCUCAAACUGUUCCUACUUAUCCUUCUGUAUCUAUACAAAAUGAUGGGCAACAUCAGAAGCCUCAAAAUGGAUCAGGAGCUCCCCGACGCAGGGGAAAGAAAAAAGCAAUGGUAUUGCCUAUUCCAGAUAUUUCAGGUAGUCAGAAUUUGCACCUUACUUCCAAUUUACAAAGCUCAUCAGGCAAUGUAUUACAUGAUAAAGCCACGGAGUUGAAAAGCUUGCAAGAUAGCCUUGUUCAGGAAUCACACAGUGUUGUCCAAGAUCAUGCAUCACAUAGUAUUGUUGAUAAGGAUUUAAAAUCAACUGAAGUAUCUGGUGAUAUAGCCAAUAAGGCAUUGGUUGAAUCAACAACUGAAGAUAAUACCAAAAGAUCUCCUGGGUUGGAAAUAGAGAAGGUUCAGAAUUCUGAUAUGCAUGGUUCUGCUUCCAUCCAUUUAUCCAAUACCCUUGUUCUGGAGAAUUCAAGGAACAAAAGUUUCUGUGACUCAACCUUGCCUGUUACAGAGGUUACAAGGGACCAACAAUUGGAGGCGAAAACUCAUCACUGUGAUGAAGCUUCAAAACCUGAUACUUUUCCAGUCCAUUCUACAAAAGAAACAAAAGGAAGUUCUAACAAGGCUGUAGAACCUAUGGCUGCACAAGCAGUUCCCAAUGCAUCAGACAAUGCUUAUCCUUCCACAUCAGGCUCUGAAUCCAUUCAGCCAUGCCCACCUGAAUCCAUGCCAGUUAAAAGGCAAGGCCGUAAAACUCAAAAUAGAGUGGAGCCACCCCGGCGUAGGGGGAGAAAAUCAUCUUCGGCAGCUCCUGUUGUUUCUGAUUCCCUUGCUAAGCAGGAUCCUAAUUUAAAUAAUGAUUUUCAGAAGUCAUCAGUAGAGUCAUCGGUGGGUAAAGUCGCUACAGAUGUUGCUCAAGCUCAAGCAUUUCAGAUCCUUUUGCCCAGUGGAGGCGCUGCUCAUGAUUUAAACACGAAAGAGGGAGCUGCCAUUUCUUCUCUAAACAAGCAGCAAAAAGUUGCACCAGGAAGGGUUGAUAGUGCACCAGUAUCCUCAGAUAAGAUUACUGCUUUUGGCCGAAUGCAAAAUGUCAAUGAUGUGGCUAGGGUUAUGAAAGAAGUUUUCUCUGGAACCUGCUUGCCAAAGCCUAAAGCAGCAGAUUCUGCUGCCGGCGAACUCUCAAAAACUAAUACUACAAUUGAUUCCAUGAAUACCCAGUUGAAUGCUGAUAAAGCAGGUUAUGAUAUAACAAAUUCGGAAGCAGCAUGUCUAACUCCAGGCAUUGCUGUGAACAUACAAGAAAAAGAAUCAGAGGGGGAAUUCAAUAAUCAGAAAUUGGAGGACAAAGCAAGUUCAGAUAUACCAAAUACUGGAGCAGUGGAUGUCUCCAAUAACAUGUGUUUGCGGGAUAAAACAGGUAAGGAGCAUGACAAGCAAUCUGAAGUAUCUGACAUGCAGAUUCUUGAGAGCAAAGAAAAUUCCGAUAUGCCAACUACUGGAGCAGUGAACAGAAAUGAAAGACAAUUAGAGGAAACAUCCACUACUCUGUAUCUUGAAGGUAAAGCAGCGUCAGACAAGCCAACUACAGGAGUAGUGGAUGCCUUCAAUUUUCAGUGUUCAGAGAAUAAAACUGAUUCUGAUAUGUCUGCUACUGAAGCAGAAUUUUUAAUUUCAGACCUUCCGGUGAAUACGCAUGAAAAGCAAUCUGUGAAAGCAUUGAAUAUUCGGAAUCUGGAGGAUAAAGCAAGUUUGGAUAUACUAACUACUGAAGCAGCCUGCCCAGAAUUGGACCAUGCGGUUAACAAAUAUGACAAGGAAGUAAUGGAGGCAUCGAAUAUUCAGAUUUUGGAGGAUAAAGUGAAUUCCGAUAUGCCAACUGCCGGAGUAGUGGUUACAUCGAACGACCAGUUUUUGGAGGAUAAAGCUGGAAUGGAUGAACCUACUUCUGGAGCAGCUUGUCUAACUUCAGAUCUUUCAAUUAAUCAGCGUGAACAAUUGGAGGAAGCUUCCAGCAUUCAGAAGCCGGAUGUUGAAUCAAGUUCAGAUGUGCCAGCUACUGGGGGAGUGAGUGCCUCCAAUAUCCAAUGUUCAGAGGAUAAACCAUAUUCUGAGAUAUCAGCUGGUGAAGAUGGAUGUGCGACUGUGGACCUUGCAGUGAACGGGAAAGAAAAACAAUCAGAGGAGGAAUCCAAUAUUCAGAAUUUGGGGAAUAAAAUAAGUUCGGAUAUGCCAACCACUGGAGCAUUGUGCUUGACUCCAAUCAUUCCUACAGAUGGGAAUGUGCAGCUAUCUGAGCCUCCAUCUGAUCAAGAAAUAACUGCUUUGAAUGAGCCCCUACCUAGUGCUAUGGAGGUUGACACCCCCAUUUGUGAUGAUAUCAAAGAAAAGCAAGACCAUAUUCAACAUUGUACUAAAACUUAUUCUAAUCAGAGUGAAGUGGAGGCUCUUGAUGCAACUCCACUUAGUUCUGCAGUAAGGACUGAGUGUCUGUCUGAAUCAUGUACAAAGUCUUCACCUCUUGCUUCUUCUGGUGAAAAUAUGUCUGAUCAACCACAAGUGAUCCCAUCCUGCCCUCUGACUCCCACCGUUUCUAAGGAAUUGGUAAAUUCUCCUAUUUCUAAAUCUUGUGAAAUCAAUUACAGAAAUGAAGUCAAUUGUUCAAUGCAAGAUUCUGAUUUGCUGGAGCGAGAGUCUCAGAUAACAGUUGGAAAUAAUUCUCAAAAUGCAUUAGAACUUGCUAUAGAACAAAAUGCUUUAUCACCUUCGGAAACGGAGGCCCCCAAUGUUGCAUUAAGUGGGAAGUAUUUAGAUGCUUUAAAACAUGCUGAGUUGCAUGAGAAUCCAUUAGUUAAGAGCUGUUCACAAUCCCUCUCUGAGGGGAAAAUAAACAUGGGGGAUUUCAUAUGUGAACAACAUGUGUCUGCUGUUGAUAAAUCUUCGAAUAUUGACCCAGUUCCCGAGGAAAAUGUGAUAUCCGCAGCAGCUAUUGGCGAUACCAAUGUUGAUUCUUCUGUGGUUUGCCCAAUGAACAUUGACACAUCUGUGAGUAACCAAGUUACAAUUGUGCAGGACAAUGAGAUUGUGACAAAGAGUUGCCGACAGGAUGUAGAUACGUCCUCAGCAGAUGAGGUGGAAAAAAUCAUAGAUCAAUCUCCUGAUGAACCUGUUGAUAGGUCAGUCUUACAACAAACAUCAGGGUCAAAAGCUGUGGCCAAUUCUUCAGUGGAUGCUUCUCAGUCUGUCCUUGUGGAAGAGGGAACCAUAUCUGAAACUGCAAUUUUACCCUCAUCGUCCUUUAGCAUAGAUGAUAACAAGGUCUCAUCCAAAACCUGUGCAAUUAGUAACUCUGAAACUCUGGAAGAGGCAAUGGAGGAGGGUGCGACUGACCGCUCUGAAUUCCUGCCCCCAGAGAAAGGUGCAGAGGAGAGCUGUAGGAAUGCCACUGAGGUUCCCUCUACAGUUCCAGUGCUGCUUCAGGAAUCGAUUGAUUCUGAAGGUGACCACCGUGAUCAAGGCAAGUCACAGGUUGGUGGGAUACCUGAAAAUCAUGAAACUGGAAUGCUUGCUGCUCCUAAAACAUCUGAGGGGGGGAAUGAGGUUGAGACCUUUUCUGAUAAAGGUCCACUAGGAUCAUCUGAUGCUUGGGAUGAAUCAAAAGGAUUAGCUGAUAUGGAGAAUCAGACAGAAGCCAUUCAGAACCAUGCUGCUGAAAUUGAUGUCCCAUGUACAUCUGCAUCAGGGGACAAGGCCGAGGGUGAACCUAAAGGAUUAGCUGAUAUGGAGAAUCAGGCAGAAGCCAUUCAGAACCGUUCUGCUGAGAUGGAUGUCCCGUGUUUGUCUGCAUCUGGGGUUAAGGCCGAGGGUGAAUCUAAAGAAGUAGCUGAUAUGGAGAAUCGGGCGGAAGCCAUUCAAAACUGUGCUGCUGAGAUGGAUGUCCCAUGUACAUCUGCACCAGGGGACAAGGCCGAGGGUGAAUCUAAAGGAUUAGCCGAUAUGGAGAAUCUGGCAGAAGCCAUUCAAGAUUGUGCUGCUGAGAUGCAUGUCCUGUGUGUGUCUUCACCAGGGGACAAGGCCGAGGGUGAAUAUAAAGGAUUAGCUGAUAUGGAGAAUGAGGUAGAAACCAUUGAGAGCUGUGCUGCUGAGAUGGAAGUGUCAUGUUCCUCUGCAUCAGGGGACAAGGCAGAGGGUGAGAAUGUUUUAGUUGGCACCAAGGAAAAAAUUCUGGUGUCAGAAGACACUGAAGCUUUUGCAGUUGAUGAAACAGAUGUUUCUAAUGGCGGUCCAGCUGUGCCCGCAACAGCAUCAGCCAAUGGGGCUCCACUUCCAUGUUCUUCGCUGAGAGUGGGUGAACCUUUCGUGGCGCAUGAUACUAAAGGAACUGAAACUGGUGUCGCCAACCAUGAUAAUCAAGCCAUACGGCAAAAUGCUCUGAAAGAUGCAGAAGAGUGCUCUUCUUCUGCAGCCGCUGACAUAAUUGAAAAGAGCUCACCUCAGAAGGAUGUCAUUGAAUCUUCUCCGUUGCUGCCGCUGGAAACAUCUGUUGAUGGGGUUCCACCUCCAUGCUCUUCAGUUGCUGAGGGCGAACGUGUAGAGAGUUUGUCUGAUGAGGCUUUGGUUGAUUCUGCUGUGAAGCUUGGUACUAAAAAUUCUGAAGCUUCCCAGGAUAAUCUAGUUUUGCAAGAAAAUGCAUUGAACGAAAUGGAAAAAACCCUUCCUUCAGCAACUGAGGAUAGAGUUGCAGUGUGCUCACCUGAGAAGGAUAAUUUAACUGCUUGCUCAGAAGCACCCCAGGAAUCCGAAAAGUGUGAAAAUGUGCAGAACCGGUCUGAGGAAGAACCUGGCCAGAGUUCAGUGGCUGAAGAAACCAAAAAAGACUGAAACUAAUUGUAAUCAACUAAUCAUUAUUGCACAAUUUGAAUAUAACUAUAUUUUGAUAUUUAAAAUAUCCAUCAAUUGAUAAUCAUUUUUUUAUAUAAUUCAAAUACUGAAUAGAUUAUAAAGCUGAGUAUAAAACUUUCUAACAUUAGCUUAUGAACCAUAUUGUAAUUGAUGAGUCUAAUAUGUAAU